AUGGCUGUAUGCAUAUUUCUUUUUGCCUUUUUCUCUCAAACUGCAUCGAGUUCUGAUAUCAUAUCAAUAUUUCCACCGUAUUACUCUCAGUAUUACUCUGUGCAUUUUGAUAGAUUUAAUAAUGAAACAGCAAUGCAGCUUACAGAUGCAGUUUUAGGAGGAGAAGAAAAGCAUACAACUUUUGGAAUCUCUUUAUGGGUCAAAAUAAUAGAUCCUAGAAAGAGUGGCGGCAUUUUUUGACUGGAAUAUGGAAAGUAAUUAUAAUUUAGAGAAAAUUUUUUGCAAUUUCCUUGUAUUUUUUAUGCUUGAAAAAGUUCAACAACUUCCUAUUUAUAUCUAUCGGUCACGAAUGAAGAUGAAAGAUUAUCUCUUCUUAUUGUAAGCAAUAUUUAGACUCCUUCUGAUAAUUGGGUAUUUAUAGCUUUCUCAGCAAGCUACGAAAAAAAAUUAUUAUUGUUUUAUUGUAAUAAUUUAGGAACUGAAUCUUUCAAUUCAGGAAUUUUGGAAAAGGAAGUGAUUUUAUCAAAUGCGGUUUUAUUAUUUGGAAUACAGAAUUUCAUUGGUAGGAUAGGUGACUUUAAGGUUCAUAACAAUAUAUUUAAUGAGAUUUCAGACUGAAGUUUGCAAUACUCAACUUCAUGCGUAGAGGUCAGCUGUACAAGCUUGUUUCCAAUUAUAGAGUAUGGAAAAUGUGACCGAUCAUGUGAAUCUCAACCCGAAACAUUUUUGCCAAUAUUUCAGCCAACUUUAUAUUCAAAGACUCCUUAUAUGACUAUAUAUAAAUAUUCAUACUUUUAUAACCCAUGAAAGGAAUGCAAUGACUUUUCAGUCACAGGAUGGCUUCAAGUGUCAGCAUGUCAAAAUAGAUCGGAAACUAUUUUAGAAAUUUCUAAUAAUGGCCAAAGCAUAAUUAUUGAAGUAAAAUUAAAGAGCAGUAGCCUUUUAGCUCACUGUGAUGUUUUAGAAGCGACAAUUUACAGCUUUGAAAAUAAAACUGAUGAUUCAGUUCAACUUAUUUCUUCAAAUUAUAUUGGAAAUUGGUUCUUUUUUGCUAUAACUUUAAAUUCCACUGCGAAGUUAUUUACGCUCUAUUCUCAAAAUAGUAUUAGUGCUCCAUCUGCCUCUUUUCCCUUAAUUUCUUCGUCAAUUACUUAUGAUUACUCUGUACUACCAUUAGUAUCGUUCAGCUGGAUUGUUAUUGGAGGAAAUCACCAAGAGGUUUAUCCAGGGAAUUAUGCAGAUUUUAGAUUUUAUCCUGAUAAUGCUAUUGAUAAUACUUUAAUGCAAUAUAACAACAAUAUAUUCAGCGCUGCUACUUAUCUUGAUCCUCAUUGCACUUUAUGAGAGUCAAUAUGGUAUUGCAAAGCAUGCGAGAUCGGGUAUUUUGUUAAAAAUGGAAUAUGCAAUAGUAAUUUAUAAGUAGAAUGCCACCCUUCAUGCGAUGGCUGCAGCUCUGAUGACACAGAAGCUAAUUGUUUGGCCUGCGCAAGUGGGUAUUAUGCCCAGCCAGGCCAUCCUUCAUUGUGCUUUAAUUAUUGUCCAUUAGGCUUUGUAAAGGAUUCUUAUCUUAACCAAUGUGCAGGUAUUCAAGGAGUUAUUGCCAACAUAAAUUUUGACAACAAUCUAUCAGGUGAUUUUAUUUCUUCUUACGUUUAUAUAAAAUUUGGAGAAUUAUCUGAUGAGUAUUAUCCAAAAUUCAAUUUUUGAGAUCCCUUGCCUGCCAACAAAAGAGGGAUAUUUAUUCACUUUAGAUCAGUAGAAAUAAUCUCCCAGUCUCCUACUCAAGAAGAUAGGCUAUUUAGUUCUGAUUUUACUAUUGAAAUUUGAUCGUUAGUUAAUAAUCCUGGAGCUUUAUUUCAUGCGACUCACUUCAACAAGCAUAAUUACUAUGGCUACGAUCUAGGCUCUCUAUGAACUUUAUAUUUUGGCUUUGAAAUGUUUGAUGAAAAAAUUUCUCUUCACAUAUUAAGGCGUGAUGGAAGUCAAGAGAGAGUAAUCUCACCAUUGGAAAGCUCUUCGGAAUGGGCUUUGUAUUCUGUUUCUCUUACUUAUGAUGAUAUUACCAAGUCUACUAAAAUAUUAUUUGUCAUCAAUAAAAAUUCUUAUACGGCUAUUGUGUCAAGUCACUAUAAAGAGAUACCUGGAAUGAUUCAUAAAAUUGGAAAUUUGAAUGGAAAUUCAUUUAUAGGGUUUUUGUAUAGCUUGGCAAUGCAUAAUUAUGGGAAAACUUAUAAUGAAAUUUUGCCAAGUUUAGGGACUUGUGAUUCGUGCAGCGCUUGCCCAGGGAUUUUGAAGUCUUGCUUGCCUACUUGUGGUGAAACUGAAUAUGUAGAUGAGAAUGGAAACUGCCAAAAGUGUCCAAGUGAAUGCUCAUGAAUAUGCUCAAGGGCUGGGACUUGCAAUCUUUGCUACGACGAUUUAUGCUAUAAAUGCACUAAAUAUGAAAUUGGGGCUUGCACACAGUGUGUUGAGAAUGCAGUUCUUAGCAGUGGACAGUGUGAGUGCCAAAGUGGAUAUAUAAAGCAAGGAUCUCAAUGUGUAGAAAAAUGCAGCGAUGGGUUUUAUCUUGAUUCUGGUUCUCAAUCAUGUCUCAGCUGCCCAGAAAAUUGUCUAAAAUGCAUGGAUCAAAACAGUUGCAUGAUUUGCAAAUCUGGCUUUUUUCCACAACAUGGUAAAUGUGAAUGUGCAGCCGGAUAUUUUGCUGAUUCUUCAAAUAACUGCUUAAAAUGUGGCGCUUCAUGCUUAACUUGCUCAAUUAGAUCUUCAAAUUGUACAUCUUGCCCUUUAGAAGCACCGAUUAUUUACAGUAAUAAUAAAUGCUAUCCUUGCGAUAUAUUUGAAGGCUAUUCUAAAAAUCAAGGGAUUACGAUUUCAGACUUUACAGAAGAUUUAUUUGAAAAAUUAUCUAAAAACUGUGCCGAAAUCUGCGGAGAUGGAAAAAAUAUGGGACAAGCUGAAUGUGAUGAUGGAAAUAGAAAUAAUGGCGAUGGCUGCUCUUCUAACUGUUUAAUAGAAUUUGGAUGAAAUUGCUUUGGGGGGAAUGCAACUUUUCCUGACAGCUGUAAAGAUGAAACCCCUCCUUCACCAAUUCUUACAUAUUUAAGUCAAAAUGAUAGAGGGUAUCUUCUUACUUUAUCAUUCAGUGAAGCUGUCACUUUUGGAGCCGAGAUAUCAGAAAUAAUUGAAAUAGAAAUUGCUGGAAUUAUUAAUUUCGAUUGGUCUAUAUCUUUAGACGACUCUAUAUAUAUAAUAGCAUUGGAAAUUUAUGAAAAUGUAGACAGUAAAAUGAAUGUCACUGUAAAUUUUAUAGAUCCAAGCGCUAUUGUGGAUAUGCGUGGAUUGGAAAUGAAAGAAAGGCUGGUGAAAACAAAUUUGAUGCACUCCUUUGCAUGUGAAUAAAUAAAAUUUUAACGUUGACAGAAAUUGGUCUCCGAGGAGCACUCCCUAUUGAGCAAGUAGAAUACAUCUAGAUAAAGCUAAAACAGGCCUCUCCCUUUUUAAUAAGCCUUCAGGCUUGAGGACUGGAGGCUUUCCUGUCUCUGCCAAUAGGCUAGACAGAUUUUCCCUACCACAUAGCCUUCCCUUGUCGGGGAACUCUACAGAUGGUGGCUCUACCUUUGAAUUGGUCCCUUGGACAGAUAUUUCAGAUCGGAAAUCAAAAAUGGCGACCUUCCCUUUCCCUCUUUUGUCUCGUGAGUGAUUAAGGCUAGUAUUUUUUGGAGCCAAGACGGCAAAGCUUAGUCAAUUUGCCCGCUUAUAGCUAAUCUAUAGUUUCCGGCUAUAACUUAACUUAACUUUGUAUAUGAAUCAGGAAAUUUAAUUGAAAAAGCCAUAGAUAUGAUAGCCAUAUCUGCAGUUGUGGCAUCGUCAGUUGGGUCAGCAUUCUCAGGCUAUUUUGUCAAAAAUUUUGAUAAUCAAGCAUUAUGAAGCAUGAUAGAAAUGAUGCAGAUGCAAUACUUUUUAAUAUUUUUAUCACCAAAAUAUCCUGGCAAUCUUUUAUCUUAUAUAAGUACGCUUAGUAUAUCAAACGGAAGUUUCUUGCCUAAUCCAUUUCAAUGACUUUUAGCAGGGAAUAUUAUUAUUUCUGACACUCCUGAGAGCUAUCCUAAAGACUUAUUUAUUGGACAAUUUUUAUUACUCUGAUUGGCUACAAUAAUUGGACUUCCAACUUCUUUGCUCUUAUUCAAGCUCUAUCCAAGAGUUUCUAUAGUAAGAUGGCUCAGAAAGUCUUAUUUAUUUUCAAUCCUAUUAAGAGUAGGAAUUUUUUCAUUUUUAGAAAUCACUCUUUUAGUCUUUCUCAAAUGAAGAGAAGCUUUAGAACAAGACCAAGAUAUAAACUAUAUUUCUUUGAUACUAGGCAUUAUAGGAACACUUUAUAUUGUUUUAACUUUUGCACUUAUUAUUUGGCAAGUUGCAUUAAAAUCUGAAGAGAAGCUAACCGAAAAGCUACAUCUAAAAAGACUUGGGACAUUAUAUGAGGCAUUCAAAAAUAGCUCAAAGACAGCAGCGUCAUUUAUUUUAUUCCAAAACAUUCGCAGAGUAUUCUUUAUUGCUUUUUGUGUAUUUCUAUAUGGCUAUCCAACUCUUCAAGUAGCACUUUCAGCUCUCUUAUCAUUGAUAUACAUAGCUUCUUUACUGCCCCCACCGUGAGCGAACAAAACCAUUGGAAAAAUCCUAUAUUUUUGCCCAAAAGCCCACUAUCCUCAAUUUUACAAAUUUGAAUUUUUUUUAAAUUUUGACGGUUAUAUUAUUAACUAUUUAAAAUAAUAAAUUAAACCCCUCCAUGAAAAUAAAUUUUUUAAGUUCUUUCACGGAGGAUUGGGAGUUAGUGAUAUUAAAACCAUUUAAAGCAAAAGUAUUAGGAAAUCAUCUACACAUAGCUAGUGAAGCAUUGCAUUUUUCAGCACAUUGCUUAAUGUUUAAGCUUUUAGAUCAUAAUUUGUCUAGCAAUAACAGGAAAAAUUUUGGAUGGAUUAUUACGACUUUACUAUGCCUAUCUUUAUUGCUUCAUGCAGUAGCACUCUUUACUAGCCAAAUUAAUAAAAUAGCCCAAGUUCUUAAACAACUAAAAGAAAAAUUGACAGAGACUUCGUCAAGCGAGCCUGAUCCCCAAGAUGAAUUAAAAUUAAAUAGUUAA